CAUAUGACCCAUUAAUAACUUCAGUCGCAUGAACAGCUCUCGACGAGAGCGGUUCUCAUCAGAAAUGAAGCUUAUACUUAUUGUGUUUGCAUUAAUUGUUUUAAUACAAUACAGUGAGAGUCGGCACACCGGCUGGUUUCCACAAAACCUCGUGGAUGCGUUCACAAAUAGAACAUCAGAAAUAACAAACUACGUUCGUUCAAAGGGACGCAGCCUUAAACAAUUUUACGUCAAAAAUGUUAGAAAUAAAAUAACGUCAUAUCUUGGUUUUAAUAAUCAGACGCAAAUAGAAGAUGAUCAUAAUAACCAGGCGAGGAUAAAGAGGAAAUUCAAAGAGUACGUCGAAGGUGCUCAAGCGAAUGAUGAAAAGAUUUUUGACGCAAUAGCUCCUGAAAAAUUGGAAUAUUCGUGCAAUGAUAACGACCCAAGCAUAUAUAUGACCACCCCACAAUUGAUAGCACUACAUGGUUAUGUGUCGGAGUCACAUACAAUCGUCACUGAAGAUGGUUAUAUACUCACAGUUCACAGAAUACCUCACUCCCGUAACUCUAAAAGCCAGGAGAUUCCUCGCAAAACUGUUCUCCUUCAUCACGGUCUCCUCGGAAGUUCAGCCGAUUGGAUCAUCGCAGGGCCAGAGAAAGGUCUAGCUUAUAUAUUAUCUGAAGCCGGUUACGAUGUGUGGUUAGCGAAUGUUCGAGGAAACACUUACUCCAGGGCGCACGUAACUCUUAACACUGAUACAUUCGCAUUUUGGAACUUCACAUUUCACGAAGUCAGCCAACACGAUUUGCCAGCUGUCAUUGACUAUAUUAUGGCCACAAAAGGAUGGGAUACAAAAAUAAACUAUAUCGGCCAUUCAAUGGGGACAACUAUCUUAUUCGCUUUGCUAUCCACAAAGACACAUUACAAUAAAGUUUUAAGAGCCGGUUUCGCGUUAGCUCCUGUGGCUUUCAUGAGUGAUAUUAAAAGCCCUAUUCGCCUCCUCGCGAAAUACAGCAAUAAUUUGGAAUAUUUGUUGAAACUUCUAGGCGCUAAUCAAUUUUUACCGCAAAACUCGGUACUGAGAUGGUUAUCGAAACACGCGUGCGAAAUAAAUCAUUACGAAGAAGUGAUUUGUGAAAAUUCGUUGUUUGUAUUGUGCGGACACGAUGAACGUCAGUUUAAUAAAAGUUUGCUACCUAUAAUACUAGGACAUGUUCCGGCCGGUGCGUCGACGAAGACGUUAGUUCAUUACGCGCAAGAGAUUCGAAAUGUUGGAAGAUUCCAGCAAUUUGACUAUGGUACCGAUGAAAAUUUGAAGCGGUAUGGGACGCUUUCACCCCCCGAAUAUCCUCUACAUAAAAUCACUCUACCGAUCGCUUUGUUUAGUUCUGAAAACGAUUGGCUGGCAAGUGAUGUUGAUGUGACAAGCUUAUACGUACAGCUCGUAAAUCCCAUAGAACAUUAUAUUGUGCCUUUGAAAGAGUUCAACCAUAUUGAUUUUAUUUGGGCGGUCGAUGCACCGAAAUUGGUUUACGUAAAAUUACUUCAACUGCUAGAGGAAGGAGUUAGCAAAUCUUUUUUUAAUAUAAACCUCAACACAUAUGACGUGCGUUAGAUUAUAAAUAAGCUUAUAGUGUUCUGUUUUGUUGAUUUAAUAAUAAUGUUAUCAUUUAAGUCAAAUUAAAACAAUGCAAAUAUCUUCUUGUAUAUAAUUGUUACAUCUGUGAUGUCUUUAAAUUGUAUAUGAAUAAAAUUUAAUAAUAAAAUAAAAAAAUAAAAUAAAAAAACGAGAUUAUUGAUAUAGAAUAAUUUAAAUUACUAAAAUCAACCUUUCAUUUAUUCCAUAAACAUAACUAUGUUAUAAAAAAUAAUUAUAUACCUACUUUAUUGUAUUGACCAGCAACAACAAUAUUUACAUAAUUAUAGCUCAAUCGAUUGUGUGGAUCUAGUUUUAAAAUUACUAAUGAGUAUAUAUUGUCACAAACUAACAUAUAAUGGUAGAUAUUCUAUGACCCAGAGGUUAGACCGCGAGAAUCUUAACCGAUGAUGUCGGGUUCGAAUACAGGCAUGCAACUGAAUUUUCAUUUGCUUAAUUAUUGUUCAUAAUACAUCUUGAGCUUGAUGGUGAAAUAAAACAUCGUGAUUAUAAAAA